AUGUCUGAAAAGUCCUCCAAGACGUCCUCCCCUCCGGACCUCGAGACCACCAACACGGCCAUCACAACAGGUUCAUCCAGAUGGGCUUCCAUUUUCGGCGGCAAAGAUGUUGUCGUGGGCUCGCGUAUUGCGCCGCUGCCGGCAUACUUGAAAAGCGACGAUACUGAUCAUUCGGAAACCGCUUCAGAGAUUCUCGAUCGACAGCUGGCUGCAGAGGACGGCGCUGCCAUUCAAUAUCGCACCUGCUCGUGGCAGAAAACGGCGGCUUUACUUUUUAGCGAGUACAUUUGCUUGGCUAUCAUGAGUUUUCCCUGGUCGUAUCGUUAUCUUGGUCUCAUUCCCGGACUAAUCCUGACGGUUGUUGUUGCUGCGCUUGUCCUCUACACCAGUCUGAUUAUGUGGAAAUUCUGUCUCCGCCAUCCAGAGAUUCGCGAUGUGUGCGAUCUUGGUCAAACUCUGUUUUGGGGCAAGAAAUGGGCAUGGUGGGGGACCGCCAUUAUGUUUAUCCUCAACAACACCUUCAUCCAGGGCCUUCACGUCCUCGUCGGAGCCAAGUACAUCAACACGAUGACUGAGAGUGACACCAUUGGCGGUUGCCGAACGGUCGAAUUCUCCAUCUUGGUGACUUUCAUCUGCUGGGUCGGCUCUCUUCCUCGCACAUUUGAGAUGAUGUCCAAGCUCGGUACCGCAUCUGCCGCCUUCACCUUCAUUUCUGUCCUUUUGGCUGCAAUCUUUGCAGGCAUCCAGAGCGGCCCUCCCGCCAAGGCUGGCAGCGGCGAUGUUGUCUACGAUCUAUUCCCUAAUGCGAGCGUCACUUUCGUCCAGGGCAUGGCGGCAUUUCUCAACAUCAGCUACACCUUUAUUGGGCAGAUUACCCUGCCCAGCUUCAUUGCGGAAAUGCGCGACCCUCGCGAGUUUCCCAAGUCGCUGUGGGCUUGCACCAUUGCCGAAAUUAUCGUCUUUUGCGUCGUUGGUGCAGUCAUGUACGUCUUUGUUGGAAACAAUUACAUGACUGCGCCAGCUUUUGGCUCUCUACAGGACUUGUAUAAGAAGAUUUCGUUUUCUUUCAUGAUCCCGACGUUGAUCUUUCUUGGCUGCCUGUACGCUUCGGUUACCUGUCGCUUCGUCUUCUUCCGUCUGUUCCGCAACUCGCGCCACCUCAACGACCACACCGUCGUGGGUUGGAGCUCGUGGGCCGGUCUUCUGCUCAUUACCUGGAUUGCGGCAUUCUUGAUCUCGCAGGUCAUUCCUUUCUUCUCGUCUCUUUUGUCGGUCAUGUCUUCGUUGUUUGACAGUUGGUUCGGCUUUAUCUUUUGGGGUGUGGCUUACUUCCGCAUGCGCCAGGUGGAUCGGGAAGACGGAAAGAAGGAGAACAAGUUUAUCGACCUUUGUUCGAAUAUUCUCAAUGUGCUCAUCAUUCUCACUGGCGUCAUGUUCCUAACGGUGGGAACAUAUGCCAGUGUGCAGGGCAUCAUUGACUCGUUCGAAGCGCACGAGGUGCCGGGCGUGUUUUCAUGUGCCAGCAACGGCGCGUGA